AUGCGAAUACUACAUACAUCUGCCAUCGCUUCUUUCACCUAUAUGCUUUCUUCCGCGGCUGUUCGGGCAACCAAAAAUGUCCGACGGACCCGGUUCCGGUCCUUCCAUACAUCGUUGGUCUGCAAGAAUGCCGAAAACGUCAAGCGUUUGCCGUUCCUCUCCGAUGCUCGAGAGUUGGUGACACCUCUAGAUUUCAGCGUAUCCCGCACGCUGAACGCGGUGAAGGAGACGAGAAAAAUAGUCCAGAAGACAAAGAAGACGUACUUCGACCCGUCCAACAUGACGCUUGACUUUUCCCAGUCCAACAAAGCGCUCUUCAACAAGAUACAGACCGACAGCAAGAUGCGGACGAACAUGCGGAUUCGGGAGCCCGCAGAUGCGUGGCUGAAGUUGCACGGCGAAAAAAUGGCCCAGAUAUAUCGAAAGAUGCAGCGGUACCUCAUGUACGGGCGGAUUUCACUCAACGACAAUCUCAGCCCGCUUCGAGUGGGAGACUUGGUUCUUCUCAACACCCAUAGCACGCUUCUCCAUAUUGUGGUUGCUGCACCUCUGAGUUUGAGCUCAAGUACCUAUACGUUCAUCAAUAACGAAGGAGAAAUCACGUACGGAACCAAGAACAGUGUGCGCUUUCGAAUUCCUCAAGUGAUUCCCAAGCUGUUUCUAACGUCUCUAGGACUUGUGGUUUUGGAAAAGAAACAUCAGGGUAUUGCGCCCAUGGGAAUGCCUGACAGCCAUUUUUCUCGCUCAGAAGCUUCUUUGCCCAAGACGUCCGUAUCCAAUAGCCAAGAUCAACCAAACGGAACCCUUAAUAAGACAGCGCAGAUUGCUUCCGACACAGAUGAAAAGGAAGCUUCUGAACCACGGUCCGAGCCAGCUUUCUCAAACUCUGGAGACGAUUUUAUCGUGGCCCAGGCUGCAUCUCAGUUACUUACAGACACAGACGUUAAAACAUAUGUGGUGCCCAGCAGUGCCAGAAGAGUUUUCUCCGAUUUCUUGACCAGUGUCUCCAUUGUGUCUUUUGAGAAAAUCACCGCCUUCAGCAACAAGUUGGAGUAUUUCCACAAAGUCUUACAGUACGAUGAGAACAACAACUUGAUUGACGCUGCCCGGACAAUUCCGCUCUUCGAGUUACUCGGGCUUGUGUCCAACUUUACGCAAACCCUAGCCCAAAUUGACAAGGUGAAAGGAUCACCGGAAGAGUUGCGUCUCAUGAACUCAUAUGUGCGCAAAAUACGUCAUGAAAGCGUCACAUCAUUUGGAAAAAAGCUUCCGGUCAAUACAAAAACCGAUUUCGCCGAGUCCAGCCACUCCAUCAGUUCCUAUAUUGCAUUUAUCAUCGCAUUGAGUCGAAGCAGCCGGAUGUGGAAAAUAAACACUCAAAAAUCAACAAAGACCCCUAUAAGUGUCGAUAUCUUACCUGUGCUUAAGUCUUCACAAAUGCAAAGUGCUUUGGAGUACUUGAGAAGAAACGGAACCGAUGAAUUCGUUCAGUUUUACGUCAAGCGGUACGUUGGCGAAGAGAAUUACCAAAAACCUCCUCAUUAUGAUUCCAUCGUACAAAUGUUGAAAGACUUUGUCAUCUCGAACAUUACAAAUGACCAUACUAUGGAAAGUGUGCUAGGUAACCUCAUACGAAACAUCGAUAUAACCUUGGAAACUAAGGGCCUCUAUCAGAAACAGCUGAUUCCGUACUCUUACGAGUAUUCCAAAAGCAGGGCAUUUGACAUAGUGAUGACUUUAGAGAAAACAGGAUGGAUCAACCCCAUGCAAUGGUCAGAUGCAUUGAAGCUUCCAAACACGGGGACUAGUGUCGAGUCUGACAGAUUUGAGGAAUAUUAUAGGUUUGUAGACUCCAUGUUCGAGUCCAAAGAAAAGUUUGUCGAGAAGAUUGCAAACGCUUCCAUUGACCAAUCUCAUACCUUCCUUGGCUCUGAUAAGCCUAUUGACAUGAUUGCGGAUGAUCUCUCUGUCGAGAAAACUAAUGAACUUGCUGUGAAAAAUUGGAUUGAAAAAGAUUUCUACAAAAACGAUCCGCUUGAACCUGUUCGUGAGGAUUUCGGCUCAAUCCCUGUUUACUGUAUCGAUUCCGAAACCGCUCAUGAAAUUGACGAUGGCAUAUCCAUUCAUGAACAAGGUCUGUCUUACGUGAUUACUGUGCAUGUUGCAAACCCAACGUCUUUCAUCAAGCCAACAUCUUCUUUAAGUGAAAUAGCCUUUAGAAGAGGAACCACUGUUUAUUUGCCAGAAGGCCCCACUAUGAUGUUACCGUCGCUUGUUUCGCAAAUGUGUGGAUUAAAUGCAGAAGGAGAGACUCGGACUUUCGCUAUUCAAUUUCUCUUAGGAAAAGAAGAUAUCGACGCUUACUUGGAUAAUAUGCGACAAGACCCUAUAAGAAGGCCAUUAUCUUCCCUAGCGAAGAAAGUGUUGAAACAGCUCGUCUCGACAGCAAACAUCAAGUUUUUCAAAGUCAGCAAUUUCCCGAAAGGAUUCACAUACGAAAAGGUGAACACUGUGUUGGAAGACGCAGAAAACAUCCAGAAGUUUUCGGACAAUACUCUCGAGAAUGGAUCGCACGAGUCCAACCUUUUCAAGCUCUUCCACAUCUCCUCUAUUCUCAGACAUAUAAGAGUGGGAUUAGGGAAAGGGUUGGAAAUGGACUCUAAUGGGUGCAAAAUCGAUGUGAAAUUCACUGAGGAAGACCCUUCGCCGAAGGAACGAUUUCAGCAUGUCAAGGAUGGAUACAGACUUUCCGUUCCCAAAGGUGAUCAAAAGACCACGCCUGUGAUAACAAUCACCAAAGUGAUUGACCAAGAUAGCAAGUCCAAAUCACAGCAGUUGGUGUCAAAUUUCAUGAUCGCCGCAAACUAUGCUGGGCUGGUUUAUGCCCAUAAACACAAAGUUCCUAUCAUCCAUCGGACUCAGGAACUCAGUCUUGAGCCCACCUUGGAGAACCAACUUCAAAGGUUGAGCCGAAGUGUUUAUGAAGGCGGGAAAAGCCUUACCGUGGAACAAAAAUCGCAGAUCUUGUCUGUUAUAACGGCAGCCAACUAUGAAGUUUCUCGGAAAAGACACGAGAGUUUAGGCUUGGACAGCUAUCUGAACUUCACAUCUCCAUUGAGAAGAUAUGUGGACAUGAUCAACCACUGGAAACUCGAAGAACAUGUUUUGCAGAGGAAAGGAGAAGAAGUGGAUGAUACAGUCAAACCAUCUACAGGCGAUCUAGACUACAUUGCCAGCCAUCUUCAAAGUUGUGAGUUCACCAAUAAAGGCGCACAACGGUUUUCCGACUGGUUCUGGCAAGCUACGUUUCUCCGGCAUUACUUCGAGGCAGAAGCAGAGGGCCAUGUCUCGCAAAAAAUGGAUUUCCAUUUCCUUCUUCGGAGCGACGCCAAGUUUGGAGACGUUUCGGCUGAGCUUACCGGGUUUAACAAUCUCCAUACCACCAUCGUUCAAACCCCUUUCUUGACAGAGAAGUUUGCUAGCGGCGAGUUCCGCAUUGGGCAGGUUCUUGAAAACCCACGCUUCAAAGUGAUAAAGCUCGAUUUCAUCGAGCAGGAGUUUGCAAUUGAGCUCUGUCCCUAG